AACAAAUCUUCCCUGUGGGUGCUAAAAAUAUUGAUGCACAUUAUAGACUAGUGGGGGCUAUUUUCUGGAGAAAUGGUGAUCUCUACUAGCAGUGCCGUCUCACCCCGUGCAGAGGCUUCAGAGGUGUGAACACAUCCUGUUUACAUCUGCCACCAAGACGGGAGGCUGAGGGAGCACACGGCUGAGGCACGGGAGAGCAGCUGCAGCGGGACAGGCCCUGGCAUGGACACAGUGCCCGUCUACCACGGGGCCAUCACCCGAGAGGCUGGGGAGAAGCUGCUGCUGGCGGCGGGCACGGACGGCAGCUACCUGCUGCGGGACAGCGAGAGCAUCCCGGGGGUCUACUGCCUCUGCGUGCUGCAUCAGGGUUAUGUUUAUACCUACAGAGUGUCCCAGACAGAGGCUGGAUCCUGGAGUGCUGAGACGGCGCCCGGGGUCCCCCGGAGGCUCUUUCGGAAAGUGCACAACCUCAUUUCAGCCUUCCAGAAACCCAACCAAGGCAUUGUAACACCCCUGCAGAACCCAGUUGUCAACCACGUGAAAGCCAACUACUCCUCAGGGAGGAAUGAAGGCUAUGACUUCCACCUGCAGCCAUCAUGAGGAUGUCUCCCCAAGUGUGACAUAACCACAUCUUCCAGCAUCUCCUCUAAUCUAUGCUUUAAAACAGAAUGAUUUAUAUGAUAGUAAAUACAACUCUGUGAGUUUUCUUGUAACAUUUGCAGAAAUGUGUAUUUCAUAGAAUUUAUUGCUUAAGAUGUAGAAGUUUAGAUUUCAGAGUACUUUGAAGUUAGGGUGGGAUAUUUUUUGUUUUUGUUUUUCCCAAGAGAGGAUAAAAACCUAUGAACUGCUAAAUCCUUUAUGUCUUUUUUUCCCUCUUUGUACUGUCAAGUAAAAACAUUUCUCCCUUCAAGAUCAGUUCUUAAUUAAUAAUUAGUUAUUAAUUUUACAUUGCUUAACUUUGAAUCCUGCUUUGCUUUGUUCUGGUUGGCAUUUAUGCAGAAUUGGGCAAGUCUCCUUUCAUAACCUUAGGAGAAUUGUUUACAUUAAAGUGUCCUUGCCUUGGA